UAUUGCAGGACAGUACUGACUCGUCCGUCUCCAAUACCAUAUAGACCAUUACUGGAUGUGAAAAAUAUUUGCUUUCUUAUUAAGGCAAGAAAACGAAAAUAAUGUAUUCGAGUUAAACGAGACCUUUGGGUAUAUAUAACCAUUGCAGGAUUUGGUCGUCGUGCGACCACUGGAGAAUAAGAUUCAAUGGAGGAAGUCCAACUGUAUGAAAAAAUCAGGCUGAGACGCACGUUCCAGAGGGUCAUGGACGGCUCCAUCUUCCUCCUCCUUCUAUUGCUUCUUUCUCAUAGGCUUAUCUCCUUCUCCACUCACUUCACCUUCCCUUGCUUUCUUGCCUUCCUAUGCGAAUCAUGGUUCACCUUCAACUGGUUUAUGAUCCUCAGCACCAAAUGGUCUCCUGCUCGAAUCAACACCUUCCUCCAUCCUCUUUCUCUACAGGUACCGGAGCUUCCGGCCGUGGACCUGUUGGUGACCACGGCGGAUCCAGUGCUGGAACCACCUAUCAUCACCGUGAACACGGUGCUGUCUCUGUUAGCGCUGGAUUACCCUCCUCAGAAGUUAGCUUGUUAUGUGUCCGAUGAUGGGUGUUCCCCUGUUACUUUCUACGCCCUUGUCGAAGCCUUUCGAUUUGCUCAGCUGUGGGUGCCUUUCUGUCGGAAGUACAACGUCCAACUCAGAGCUCCUCUUAGGUUCUUCUCUGAUGAGCCCACUGGCGGCCAGCACUCCCCAGAAUUCACACAAGAUUCCCUGCGAAUGAAGGAAGAGUAUGAAAAGUUGAGCCGUAAAAUUGAAGAUGCGAGCACAAAAUCAGAGCAAAUUGAGCUUAGGGAAGGGUUUGUAGCUUUCAUGAACGCCGAGCGGAGAAAUCACCCACCCAUAAUUAUGGUUAUAUGGGAGAACAAGGAAGGCCAAUCAGAUGGACUGCCCAACUUAAUCUACAUAUCAAGAGAGAAGAAACCACUUCAUCCUCAUCAUCACAAAGCUGGUGCCAUGAAUGUUUUGACAAGAGUUUCAGGGCUGAUGAGCAACGCUCCGUAUAUGCUAAACGUAGACUGUGACAUGAUGGUGAACAAUCCAAAGAUUGUUCAGCAUGCCAUGUGUAUUCUUCUGGAUCCUAGGGCCCACAGAGAAGUUGCAUUUGUCCGAUGUUUUCAGCAAUUUUACGACGGCUUCAAAGAUGAUCCCUUUGGCAACCAGUUCGUCGCUGCUUUCAUGUAUCUAAUGGUUGGAGUAGCAGGGCUUCAAGGACCCUUUUACUGUGGAACCAAUUGCUUCCAUAGAAGACAAGUUAUAUACGGCUGCUACCCUCGUGACACCCAACGUCAAAAUCAAGAAAGAUUGUUGGACAAGGAACUAGAACAAAAAUUUGGAAGUUCCAAGGAAUUUGUUAAACAAGCAGCUCGAGCCUGGGAAGACAACACAUGUUCUAGCAGUAGCAAUGUUAUUACUCCCUCCACAAUUCUAGAGGCUUCAAUCCUUGUUUCUAGUUGUGACUAUGAAUAUGGCACUGCAUGGGGCAAACAGGUGGGAUGGUUAUAUGGGUCAUUGGCAGAGGAUCAACAAACUGGGUUGAACAUUCACAGAAGCGGUUGGAGGUCAGAGUGUUGUACUCCAGACCCCAUUGCUUUCACAGGCUGCGCCCCCGGAGGUCUUGUAUCCUCAAUGGUCCAACAAAAGAGAUGGGCUUGUGGCCUGCCUACUGUCUUGUUAGGCCCCCAAAGUCCCUAUCUGGGCCUCCUCUUUGGUAAGAUCGAAUUCAGACAGUGCUUGGCCUAUUUAUGGCUCAUCCAUUGGGGCUUCCAUGGUUUCCCGGAGAUAUGCUAUGCUGCUCUACCUGCAUAUUGCCUCAUAACCAACUCCACUUUCUUACCUGAGGACCAUUUUCUGUGGAUUUAUAUGUCAAUUUUUGUGAUACACAACAUAUACAAUUUGAUAGAAUACGUGGCAAUCGGGUUAUCAAUUCGAACAUGGUGGAACAAUCACAGAAUGAGAAGAAUAACAGCCAUGAACGCCUGGUUUGUGGGUUCUCUGAGUGGCAUACUGAACAUGUUAGGGAAUUUUGAAGCGACAUUCGAGGUGACACAGAAGGAGCCACCAACUUCUGGUUCAGGUACAGAUAAAGGAAGGUUUACGUUUGAUGAGAAUCUAGUGUUCGUGCCAGGAACCACCGUGUUAUUUGUCCAGGUCACGGCUUUGGUGAUGAAAUUACAAAGGUUGGGGGCGGCAGAAAAGAGUGGAAACGGGAGUGGGGCUGGGGAGGUAUUGUGUAGUGUGUAUUUGGUGGUGUGUUUCUUGCCCUUCUUAAAGGGGCUAUUUGGGAAAGCACCGCAUGGGAUUCCCCUGUCUACAAUUUUCAAGUCAGCUAUUCUGGCCAUUCUCUUUAUCCACUGUUCUAGAAGCAGUAUUACUGCUUCGAUGGUUUGAUGUCCUACUCCAUUGAAAGACUCUUUUAUUCAACUUCUUUCUUGAAUAACAAGUGUGUUGAAAUUAUCAUA